AAAAGGUAAUCGUCAUCUGUUUGCGCCGCUCAAAGUAAACCUGUUAACAAAGAUCACGUCAUUGGUAGCAAAUAACUUAUAUUGUUCUUCUAUAAUCUUUGGUGGUAGGUAAUCGUUCCACGUGUUGUGUUGGGAACAUGGCGCCGAUACAACAAGAACCCGAGAUCCAGUUUGCUCAAAGAUUAGCGUCUAACGAGAAACACAUCAGGAGAAAAGCAAUAAAGAAUCUCAGAAAAUAUAUAAGUGUAAGGUCCCAGAGAAUCAAAGGUGGUUUCAGAGGGGAUGAGUUACUUAAACUAUGGAAGGGCCUUUUUUACUGUCUGUGGAUGCAGGACAAACCACUUCUUCAGGAGGAGCUGUCAAAUCAAAUUGCAGGCCUUCUGCACAACUUUCAAAGUGUUGACAGCCAGUUUCAGUAUCUGGAGGCCUUCUUGCAGACCAUCAAGAGGGAGUGGACUGGCAUUGACAGACUGCGCAUGGACAAGUUUUACCAGCUGGUUCGCUUGGUGUUCAGGCAGACUUUUGAGAUGCUAAAGAAGAAAGGAUGGGAGACAAGCGUACUUGCCAGGUUUUUGGAACUUCUCACAGCACAGGUCCUCCAGAGCACAAGUGGAGCACCUUGUGGACUUCUGUUUCACAUUAUGGACCUCUACAUGACAGAGCUGGCUGGCGUGGGGUCAUCUGAGCUCAAUGCAGAACAAAAUUUGACCUUCAUCAAACCUUUCUGCAAGUCAGCAGCCAAAACCAAGGAUCGCAUCUUACUUAGAGCCAUCUGCAACAGCAUAUUUAGUGUCAUUGUAGAUCAGGCUCCAUUUGCUAUUGAGGAUAUAAUGAAAGAAAUGAAAAAUGCACGGACAGAAGAUUCAGAUUCAGGCCAGGCAACUGAGGAAGAGAAUGUGAAUACCAAACGAACUGUCAAAAAACCCAGCAGGAAAUCUUCAGGAAAGCCAACAAAUGAGGAAAACGAGUUGUUCAACCUGGAAGAUGGCUUGGACAUUGAGUUACCAGACGACGAGGGAAUUGGACCGGUUCUCCAGUUUGAUUAUGGUGCCUUGGCAGACGAGCUGUUUCAGCUUGCCAGUCGUAACAAUACUCCUAGCUUUAACCGCCAGAAACUCUACAAAGUUAUCAAAAUGCUGCAGGAUCUCAGCGAAGGAGCCUUUCCACAAGAUGAAUACCCAGAGGAGGUAUCAACAGACGAGGAUGACAAUGAGAUGUUUGGCAGCAGAAAGAGGAUGAAGAGGGAGAUAGGCAUAGGGGAGAGGGAGGAAGAGAAUGGGGCUUCAUGACCCUUCUGGAUCAUAAGUCAGUCAUGGUAAACAAAUAAAUAUAUUGGACAGAUGUCCCUGUCUUAUUGGACAUAAUAAAAAAAUAUAGCUGCUUCUAAA